ACACACACACACACACACACACACACACACACACACACACACACACACACUGCUCUUUAAACCAUGCCCUUCUGUAUGGAGGCACCCACUCCUAUUUCCUUCUGGAACUUCAGCACCCCCUUUUCCUACAGGUGACAGUGCCAGCCACCAUGUUCUCGGGCCGGUGGUGGCCAAGUAUCUGGGGAAAUCUAGGACUGAAUCUACAAAGCCCUUCUCAGGGACCCCAGCUCUGCGCCCUCUAUCCAUUCACUUAUACUGGGGCAGAUGGCCGGCAGGUGUCUCUGGCUGAAGGUGACAGGUUCCUACUGCUUCGAAAGACCAACUCAGACUGGUGGCUGGCAAGGCGUCUGGGUGCGCGCCCCAGCUCGCGGCCCAUCUUUGUUCCAGCUGCAUACAUGAUAGAGGAAUCAAUCUCCUGCCACAAUCCAGCAGACACUACCCACAAUAGCUCCCUCUGGACUCCUGGGACAAAGCUGUAUCAUGGCUCCCUGGAGGAGCUCUACCUGCCUCAGGAACCCCAGGUUGCUUCAGGGCAGCCUCUUCACCACCCCUACAAGAUGUACAAAAGCGUCAGCACGGGCAAUGUGAAGGCCUGCUCCAUGAAAUCCUUCAAGGAAAGGCCAGGAGAAAGGCCUCGCUGCUGGGUGACAGGAGUUGCUGCGAAACCUGGCUCCAUGGAGCAGACAGAGUCUUUGAUUAGGGACAGCAGUGCCCUACAGCCUCAGGAACGGCUCGAUCCACAGGGUUUACCAAGCCCCAGCCAAAGCACCCCAUGGCUUGCUGUCUCUGAGCAGCCGGGAGCCUUGAGGCCCUGUUCCGCUCUGCCACAGCUCCUGGACGACCCCCACGUGGAAGAAAGGUCAGGCCUGCUCAACAUGACCAAGAUUGCUCAAGGAGGGCGCAAACUCAGGAAGAACUGGGGCCCUGCUUGGGUGGUGUUAACUGGUAGCAGCCUUGUGUUCUACCGAGAGCGGCCACCGCAGUCUGCAUCCCUCCAAGGCUGGGCGCGGGCUGGGAGCCGGCCGGAAAGUAGCGUGGACCUGCGCGGGGCGGCCCUGGCCAGCGGGCGCCAGCUGUCCAGCCGCCGGAACGUCCUUCACAUCCGCACGGUCCCCGGACAUGAGUUCCUGCUGCAGUCGGACGAGGAGACCGAGCUGCGAGCCUGGCACCGCGCGCUGCGGGCUGUCAUCGAGCGGCUGGAUCGGGAGAACCCCCUGGAGCUGCGUCUGUCGGGCUCCGGACCCGCCGAGCUGGCGGAGCUGAGCGCUGGUGAGGAUGACGAAUUGGAAUCGGAACCGGUGUCCAAGUCCCUGAUGCGGCUUGGCAGCCGCAGAAUUUCCAGUCGGUGUGCAGAGGGCACUGACCAGAAGAACCGCGUGCGGAACAAGUUAAAGCGGCUCAUCGCCAAGAGACCAACCUUGCAGAGCCUACAGGAGCGGGGCCUGUUCCGAGACCAGGUUUUUGGCUGCCAGUUGGAGUCGCUGUGCCAACGGGAAGGGGACACUGUGCCCAGCUUUGUCCGGCUUUGCGUUGAAGCUGUGGAUAAAAAAGGUCUAGAUGUAGAUGGUAUUUACCGGGUGAGUGGGAACCUGGCCGUGGUCCAGAAACUCCGCUUCCUGGUAGACAGAGAACGGGCAGUGACCUCCGAUGGGAGAUACAUGUUCCCAGAACAGGCAGGACAAGAAGGCAAAUUAGAUUUAGACAGUGCCGAAUGGGAUGAUAUUCAUGUGGUCACCGGAGCUUUGAAGCUUUUUUUCCGGGAGCUGCCACAGCCUCUGGUGCCUGCAUUGUUACUACCUGACUUUCGUGAUGCCCUUGAACUUUCUGAGCCAGAGCAGUGCCUCUCCAAAAUACAGAAAUUAAUAGACUCAUUGCCGAGGCCCAACCAUGACACUCUGCAGUACAUCCUGGAUCAUCUAUGCAGGGUGAUAGCACACUCGGAUAAGAACAGAAUGACCGCCCACAACCUGGGAAUUGUGUUUGGACCGACGCUGUUUCGACCCGAGCAGGAGGCCUCUGACAUGGCGGCCCACGUAGUCUACCCUGGGCAGCUGAUCCAGCUGAUGCUCAACAACUUUGUUAACCUCUUCACCUGACUCAGGCGAGGGAGACGAAGGCGCUUCCUGCGAUUUGUCAGCUAGCCUUUGGAGAGGGCUGGUGGGUUUCUGAAGAUAAUCCUGUCAAUGUCCUCCCAAAGGAUGCUCUUCAUUUCCCAUUCCAGUCUCGCUUGAGCUCCUGGCUGAGAAGGGUUGCUGAAGGGGAAGGUGUAGGAGCCCACUUCUGCUCUCCCCGACAUGACACAUGAUGCUUGCUCUCAGUAUUCCUUUAUUGUCAGGAAACUGUGUCAUUAUUAAAGUUUUGUUUUGUUUUUUUCUGGAA